UAGUAAAAGAAUUUCAACUUUGGACAAAAUCUCUAUACACUUUUCUUUAUUUUCUUCUACGGAGUAUAUAAUAAUACAACAAAUGAACAAAUGUACAAUGAACAAGAUUUACUCUUCCCUCUAAAAAAAGAUUUACUCCAAGAAAAAUCGUAACAGUUACAAACUACACGAGCAAUUAAAAUAACCCCACUUUAGUAUGAUUGAGUAUGAGACAAUAGAUAGCGGGGUUAACUUUCCCGCAGACAAAUUGAUGGUCCAAAUGCUAAAGCAUGCUUAAAAGCCAUCAUUAUAGGACUAAAUAUACAAGCAAGCAUGGCCUAAUCUUGCAACAAAUCACCCUUCUUGGUCCCUCUUGAUCUUCUCUACAGAUUACCGCGAUCCGAAUUAAGCUAAACAAGAUCCAUUUAGCUCUAAUUAAACUCAUCAAAACAAAUUUCUUCAACUUUGUGGGAAACAGUUUAUCACUUAAACUACUAAAAAUAGUCAUAUUUCUAGUCCUACACUCCUACUCAUAUCUUUACAUUUGUUCUAGGACUCUAUAGAUCUUCCGAGAGCUCGAUUCGUUCUCUCAAACUUUCAAAGGGCCAAAGAAACAUUGUUAAUCAAGCAAAAGAAGAUCAAAGGGGGUGUGACAGCAGAAGUUUGAAGUAGGGAAAUUUCUGAGAAAAACAGAAAGUAGCUUAGUUUAUAUAAUUAGUAAUAGUACUAAACUACUAAUUUUGGUGUGUCAAGAGUUGAUUUAAAAUGCAAGUUGGAGGGAAAAGUGCCAUGUGGUAAGCUCAGAAGACUUCACAUGGUUUCUCUUACUCCAAAGUUAUAUCUCUUUUAAAUGCUAUAAAAACUAGGUACCUAAAAAACCAGUUUAUGGGUUUUUCAAGAGAGAAUCCUCUGUUAUUUACUCUGAAUUUAUAGCCUAGUUUAUUCUUCAAGUACUUUCUGAUAGUGAGUUCAAAGGGUCUCAUUUUCUCUCUUCAUAUAUGAUACUGAUUUUGAUUUUCUCUUUUCGGAUAUAAUGUUCGUUUUCGUGUCGAACAUAUUUCUAUCUUUAGCAAUCAGUUCUUAGGAUCAAAUAGGAAAACCACUUGAUAUCAUUGAAGAAACUAUCCAACUCCCAAAGAGCUUAAACUCGAGUGUUUUUGGUAGUAUUGUUGCUUGUUCUUGGACUAAACAUUUUGUUGUUUCGUCGUAGCCAGACAUCAAUUUGUUUAUCACAUUUUUAGAUCCAAAACUACAUCAAUCCAAUAGAGUGAUUCCCUUGUUAAACAAAUUACAUAGUUCUAUUCAAAGAAGAAGAAAUGGGAAGUUGUUCAUGUUUAGUCAGAAAUCCACUUCCUUGGCUUGCUGCCCUUGGAUGUUUAUUUGUCUGUUCUCAAUCUCUAGGGUUCGGGUUUCUUACUAUCUUCCUUACAUCAUCAGCUCUUAUUCUAUGUCCUGUAAUUCUUUGUCGGUUAAAGUCCUACGAGCAGAAAUCAACACGAAGAGAACAGUCAUGUACGCGUUCCACUGAGAAGGUUGUUUCUGAAUCAAGUCAUCAACAGACAGAUAGCCCGUUGAAUGAGUCAUUGCAAGAAGAAAAAGAAGAAGAAGCUGAGAGCAAAAUACAUGAAACAAUACAGGAAAAUGUUGCUAGAUUUGAAGAAGAAAAGAUGUCAAAACACAAAAGACAGCAGAAUGAAAAUCACAGGUCACCAGAAAUACUGCUGUCUGACAGUGAAAGUGUUGAUCACACAACUUCAAGUGAGGAUUCAGAAAACGAUUCUAUGUUCAGAGAAAAUCUGAGUCACAGCACAAACUACUCAGACGGGUCAAUCUCAGACGAAGAGAGUCUAAUAGAAAUCGCGCUUCCAACAGGCCACUAUGUCGACUCAAAGAGAUCACAAGAGCCAUCAUGGUAUGGAUUUCAGCAUCAGAAAUGGUCAUCAGACUGCUCAUUAAAAUCACAUUUCAGACAGCAAAACUGGAUGGAGAUGCUAAACGAAAUGAACGAAGAGAACUUCAUUGAAAUCGAUCUCUGCAUGGGAUCCAUCAAGUGUUCAAGGUUUGAAAUUCAAGCAUAAUCAUAAAAAAUUUAUACACAAAAAAUUUUACUCCCAAUCGCGGUUGCUUGUGAAUUGAUUAACUAGUACUUGUUCAUUAGCCCUUAUUUUUUUAUCCGAUCACGGAUUUUUCCUCCCCUUGUUGGGGGUAUAAUAGCGUAUUAAGAUUGGAAGCAUGUUUGUGUUACGUUGUUAAACUUUUGUGCUAUCUUUGCAUUCACCUCGGAUGCCAUUUGAAGCACAAAGUAUAUUUCUUUUUGCUAAAUCUUACUGUGAUUAAAGUAAUUAAAACUCUGACAGCCAUUUCUGUUUUA